GAAGUGAGUUCGACGAGAAGGGAAAUCUUCGCCAAUGGUGGACCAGGAAAUCGCACGCAAAUUUCGUGAAACGGUCGACAUGUUUGAUUGAAGAGUACGACAAAGUUAAAAUAUUUGGUUAUCAGGUUUGUGAAAUAGUCUUUCCUAUGAAUUUAGAAAAUUGAUUAUAUAUAAAACAGGACUGACUAUAUAUUGUGUUAAGACUAAAACUGGAGCAACUGUCUGAUUAUCUUUCAAAUGUAUUAUGGUAUAGAAAUAACUUGAGGGAAAGCAAGUCUUCCCACCCCAUGUUGCCUCCUCCAAUAAUAUACGCCCCCCCCCCCAGUGGUGGUCCGUUUUGUGUAAAAUAUAAGAAAAAGAGGACGAACAACUAAUUAGUUAGGACAAGAGACAGUGUUCUAAUAUGCCCAUGACCAAACGUUUGGCUAGCGGUUGAAAUGUAUCAAAAAGUUCUUCAAAAAGAUAUCGGGGCUGAAACCCCCAGCUAUUUACGUUUGCGAAAACGGAUCCGGCAAUAAAUCCUGAAAUAUAACUUGUCAUCGCACAAGCAAAUGGAAGUUGUGUGUUCAAUCCGAUCCAACAUAUAUUUUUACAACUAUUAAAAUAUUUAACAUAAUAGCCUAAUACGCACGCACUGUUUUUACUAGGUUAAUGGCAAUAAGACAUUAUCAGAAAACAUUGCUGAUAACGGAGGUUUGAAGUAUGCUUUUAGGGUAAGUGGAAUUGGAGAAUACAGUAUUCCAGCGAUUUUUUCUAUAUCAUUGCAUGCCUGCUGUCAAGGCGUUGUACUACAUAAAAGCCACUCAAUACUUAUGGCUGGGGUGAGAAGUUAGCUAGAUCAUUUUCCCACUAAAUCCAAGGUUGGAUAAGGGCAAUGCUUAUAGAUAACACUUAAAGUAAAAUAAAUAUAUCGUUUGUCUUGUGGGAAAAAAACCGUAAAUAUUAGCACUGAUGAAGAUCUGGGCUUACGGAUCCAAAGCUUUUGCACUAAUAGCUAAUAAUAAUAAGAAUAAUAUACCACAUUUACUGAUGAAACUUGGUCAGCUAAAAAAUAGCUGCUCAGUAUCACUCAAGGACCUGUACACUCAUACCUCCGAGGAUACUGAUACCUCCUAGAGGACACUGAUACAGUACCUCCGCCAACGAAUUAAGUUAUGUAUCAUGCAUAAACGAUAGAAUGCAUUGGGCAUUCAGUUUACUUUGCCCGGCAAAGCAAGACAAACUUUUGCUAAUUCCUCUUCCAAUUUUCAUCCAAAUAUCACCACAAUGUAAUCGGUUUGUCCCCGGGAAAUAUCCAUUAGUCCCACAAGUUUCCUAUUAAUACAUUUGAUAUUUUUAAGUUAUCACGCUGACAGACUGACAUACAAACACAGACACUGCGGACAGACAGACGGACGGAUGGACGGAAAUAUACAUGGUGUUUUUCGCAAUCCAAGCAAUUGACUAUAUAUUCCUAAAAAUUAAAUGCAUUAAAACUUUGUUAAUUUAAAACACUAAUUACGAAAUUAUAUUUUUGAGUGAUUUUGAGCGAUAAUCAUCUAUAUAUACUACUUACCAGAGUUUUGAUAUCUCCACGUAUUUUUUGUUAGGCAUAUCAAAAUUGGCGUAAAAUACAUGGCGACGAAGAUAAGUUACCAGGUCUUUCUUUCAAUAAUGAUCAACUGUUCUUCGUUGGUUUCGCUCAGGUACCUAUUCUCUGCACUACUCAUACCAUAAAAAAUAAUAAGCAAAUUCAGAAUUUCCACUAUGCGCAGUGCGCAUCUAAAUAAUACGUUCUGCGUUGGGGAUAAAUUGCAAUUAAAUCAUAACAUGUAACUGAGAAUGUCAGUCAAAGUAUUCAGCUGUUCAAUUAUUAUUUGUAUUGUACUUAAAGCCACAACGUAGAACUAUCCAUUGAAUAAUUUUUGUAUUAGCAUAUUUUGCCUUCUGUGUAAAGCAAAAUAUAAAAAAGUACAGUUCAGAGUUCACGUUUUUGACUCACGGAUGUUGCGAAGCAACAUCUGUGAGUCUUUGUGGUUUACUUGAGUGGGGCAGUUAAACAAUGGGAAAUGACCAGCCUGCUUUGCGCGCAGUGUUUGCCUGCGAACGGGUCUUUUGGAACCGGAAAUUGGGCUGGAGCACGCUUCACGUUCUUUUCAACUUUUGACUUUUUGACAAGCGUGUGCUAAAUUAAAAGGUGAGUGUUAGUUGACUUAAUUGUUAUCUGUUUUUCUACUUCACCCAACAGAUCUGCUGUUAACACACUGAUCUACCUUUUAGCUGAAAUAUUAACACUAUUUUGUUCAAUAUAUAUAAAAGUGUUCACAUUUUCUGGUGCCUUUCGAGCGCCUCUGUCAGCUGUGUUUCAACACCGUUUCAACACUGUUUCCAUAGUUUCUGUCGAUUGAAAGAGUUUUUUGUUUACCAAAUUUAAUCAUGUUAUUUAAAUUAAAUAAUUCAUGUUUUAGCUGUCACGGAAUACAAAGGACAUAUUUGUCUUAUUCGAAGCAACACGACACAAAAUCUUUCUAUUAAAGUCACGUUGCCGACCUGCCGUUGUAUAUUUCACAUGACUGCGCUUGCACUGUAGCCUAGUAUCAGCUGGCACGGACAAGUCUCAGCAGUGUAUCGAUAGAUCGCUUUAUUUUUAUCCUCUAUCAGGAGAAUUUCAGCUGUCCUUAUGCUCUUUGAUGAAUGUCCCACUUAUAUUUAGACGCAAUGAAACAACAUCAAAACCACUAGUUAAUCCAACGAAACUCUGUCGGAUUACAGGGGAUGGCAAUUGUUUAUUUAGAGCACUGUCAUAUAUUUUAACCGGUAGACAAACAUACCACAUGAUUUUAAGACAAAAAAUAGUGGAUCACAUGAACAGUAUAGAACAUGUCCUUAGACCAUAUAUGAAUAGUUCAGUAGAUCAUUAUUUAGCCACAAGCAACAUGAGGAACAGUGGUGUGUGGGGGACUGAUAUUGAAAUUUUUGCAGCCAUUCCCUUUUCAAUGUAGAUAUUUAUGUUUAUUCACAGUUUGGUAACAAUUAUAAAUGGUCUAAAAAGAAAAAGAGCAUUGGACACUGAGGCAGCAUUACCACCUGGAUUUACUUACACUGUACUGCCAUUGGACAGCUACCUGUACCGUUGUAUCAAUAAGGGUGCUGUUUUAUAGUUGUUCUGUUUAAAUUUUUCUGUUCAACACUGUACACUGUACAUCGUACAGCUACGGUCGUUGAUGCAGCAUGUACUGUAUUGGUUACAGCUUUAUACUUAUAGCUAUCAUGUUUAAAUUGUCCUGUUCAACACUCUAGAUCGGACAGCUACGGUCAUUUGAUAUAUUACAUUGGGGACAGCUUUAUACUUAUUAUAGUUAUCAUGUUUAAAUUGUCAGUCUGUUUAACACUGUACAUAUCGGAAAGCCACGGUCAUUGGAUGUACUGAUACUGACUGUAUUAGGUACAGCUUUAUACUUAUAGUUAUUCUGUUGAACACUAUACACACCUGACAGCUACGGUUAUUGUACUUUUAUAUAGAUUUGCUUUGAUAGUGUGUAGUUUUAUAAUAAUCUAUUCAGAUUGUUUUUUCAAGACUGUUGAUAUUGGUUAGGGACCGGUCAUUAUUUAUGGAAGGGGGGAGGGGAAUUUUUUCUUUUCUAAAUUUUUAAAAUUGAAAGCCCCCCCCCUAAAUGGCAGAAAUUUAAUGAUGCCCCCCCUGCCAUAUUAGAAUAUUUUUCUUUGACCCCCCCGCCCCAUUUUCAUUUUUACUCGUCAAAUGGGGAUACCCAGGCGUUAUAGUAUUUUAAUUAUUAAAUAAGAAUAUGGAACUGGCAAGAUAUUAACGUCGACCAAAAAUAUAUAUUUAUUAGCAGAAAAUUGUAAUUAAAAGAGGAGUAUUUUUAUAUAUAACACUAAAAUCAGGUUUCCAUUUGGUCUGGGCGAUCGUAACCAUGUUUAAGGCUGCAACUAGACUUGAUGGUACGAAGUAUUGCCAUAGCAGCUGCGCGGCAACAAUGAGAGCAACAAUGAGUAAAAUUAGCAGCAAAAGGAGAUAGCAAUGACAAUUCUGCCAAGGCAUACCUGCGAAAUACAGUGUAUAGUGGUCUAUACAUCCUAUUUUAUGUGAGAUUAAAAAUUAUAUAAAAAUGACAUAUACUAGCUACCAGAUAAAAUCUUUUAGAAUGAACAUGGGUGGGUGGGUCGGGAAAAGGUAUCGAAGCGCAAAACUUGCUGCAGCUAGGCAAAGCAUACAAUGGUAGAAUGAAUACCCAGACCGAAGCACUGAUCACAAGGCAUGAAACAACCCCCUUUGAUCGAUAUGACGUCACAGAUUCCCCGCAGCGGAUGUGGCCUGCAUAAUACAAACGCCGUUAACCUUGCUUAAUUUAAAUGUAUUUAACCACAUCAAGAGCUGAUGUAAUAAUACAUUGUCAAUUUAACUAGUCUGCAAUCCGUAAAGACUGAUUUGCAUACUGCAUACAGCACACACAAGACAAGAUGAAUCCAGACUAUUUCACAUCAGUGACCAUGAUUUAGUUGCAACAUUUACAACCAAAUGGAUACCAGGUUAUUAAGCAAAUUCCUUCAAGUUUAAUUGCAACACCCCCUGUCAUUUUCUUGAAAAAAUUUAAUAGCCCCCCUUCUAGUCAUUUCUACAUAUGCCCCCCUUAUUUUUUUCCUCCCCUCCCCCCUUCCAUAAUUAAUGACCGGUCCCUUAUUGUUAAAAUCGAGGAUGUCGUUAAAAUUAAACUUUAA